ACCCGAAAGCAUAAAACCCGUGAAAUUAGAAUUUUCUGGGACCCCACUUUUCUAACCGUUGAAGGCGAUCGUCGGAUUUUUGGGUCUCAGAGAAAUUAGGGAUGUAGUUCUUGAUUUUUCUGGAUUGGGGCUUCGAAUCCGAUCGCGGCUAAGCUCGGAUUUUGAACGAUUGUGAUAUAUUGGCUGGAGAUAGGGGAUCAUGUGAUUAGUUAAUGUAGGAUUACAUGUGCAUAUAGUUAUGAGAUUUAAUUUUGCGUACGGGGGUGGUCUUUGUGUUAUCUGCAAUAGAGGGGUUGAAGCUAAGCUGUUUUGUUUGAGAGGGUAAGAUGCCAUCUUCUUACUUGUCGAAGAUUAGGACUGCGUUGCAGAGGUCGAUUGUUGGGCAGGAAGGAGCGCUUCAGGAAUCAGUAGAUGGGUUAAUUGGGCAGGGAAAAUUGUUGUUUGGAAAUUCUAAGUUGUUCCAGUCUCCGUUUUCAACUAUUUCAGGCCUCCAAGCAUUGUUUUCACCAGGCAUUGUUUUUGCUGCGAGGUUGGAUUCGCAGCUAGUUAACAAAAGAAGGAACAUUUCUGUUGUUGAAGAGAUUUCGCGCAUUAUUUCAACCCCAUCUGUGUCAGGGCCUUCAAUUCAGGUUUGCGGGUAUCAUAUCGAUUGUGUGCUUUCUGAGCCCAGUCAGUUUGUGACCAGAAGUAAGUUUCAGAAUAAACCUAUGGCUGCUUGUGGUUCUAGAACUUUAUUUGGGGGAUUCUGCCCAGAUAAUUUAACUUCAAGGCCUGGGCUUCAUGCAAUGGUACCCAAAAGUGCCUGUACAUUAUACAACAAAAGAAGUUCGGACUGUUUUCAAACAGCUAGCAUGAGUUUGAAUAAAAGUGGGCAGUCCAACACUAAUGUAAUUCAUGGGUAUUUGAUUUAUGAAGUUGGAAAGAGAUGGUGUAAUUCCUCCCCAAGUGAAGGAUCAGGGUCAAGAGAAUUUCAUGGUUCAUCAACAUGCUCAUCUACAAGGACUGCCCAUGACGUGUCUUUCGAUAGUUCUGCUUCUGAAGGGCAAGUUUCAAGUUCUGCAGAUUCAUCUAAUGAGAAGAUUACAGAUGGAAAGUCCCUAAAACUAACUUCAGGAUCAUAUUACCUGCCCCAUCCAGAUAAAGAGGAAACUGGCGGGGAGGAUGCUCACUUCAUUUGUGCAAAUGAACAAGCAAUAGGGGUGGCGGAUGGUGUUGGUGGCUGGGCAGAUCUCGGUGUUAAUUCCGGAUUGUACUCCAGAGAACUGAUGUCUAAUUCUGUGGCCGCUGUUCAGGAGGAGCCCAAGGGUGCCAUUGACCCUGCUCGGGUAUUGGAGAAAGCUCACUCGAGCACGAAAGCCAGGGGUUCCUCAACAGCAUGCAUCAUAGCACUCACAGAACAGGGUAUUCAUGCAGUUAAUUUAGGUGAUAGUGGGUUUAUAGUGGUUCGAGGCGGGUCCACCGUCUUUAGAUCUCCUGUGCAACAGCAUAAUUUUAACUUUUCCUAUCAACUGGGGACUGGAAACAACGGUGAUCUACCUAGCUCUGGCCAGGUUUUUACUGUCCCUGUUGCACCCAGGGAUGUUAUAAUUGCCGGAACUGAUGGCCUGUUCGACAACUUGUACAACAACGAGAUUACUGCGGUAGUGGUCCAUGCCAUGAGAGCUGGCUUAGGGCCUCAGGUGACAGCGCAGAAGAUUGCAGCGUUGGCACGCCAACGAGCACAGGAUCGAAACCGGCAGACGCCUUUCUCCACCGCCGCUCAAGAUGCUGGGGUCCUUCAUUAUGGCGGCAAGCUUGAUGAUAUAACUGUUGUUGUUUCAUAUGUGACCAGUUGAAAUUAUCCAUGACACAAACAAUUGGACUCUCUCUCCCUCCAUCCCAUGUAUAUGCUACAUUUCUCCCUCUUUCCUUCAUCUCCUUUUUUGCUCACAUGGAUAAAAUUCCAUUGCAUUUCUUUUGUCAUGACAUUACUUUUACUUUAUUAUAUUCUUCUUUCUUUUGUUUUUAUUCCUUUAAUGAUAUUCUUCUUUUUAUC